AUGGCGAAUCCACCGCUAUACGACAUCACUCGAUGGCAGGUACACGAAACUGAAGACGACUGCAAUCUCGUCAUACGAACCAAUAACGGACGAGCCUUCUAUUGCACAAUCUCUCCGUCGCAUUUUCAUCGAUCACCCAAGCUCACAGACCAGUACUUCAAGUGCCUACACUUACUGCGAUCUGGAGAAGAAGAGCAGGACGAUUUCUAUAUAGAAGAUGCUUACGACUGGCUGUCAAAGCUGUUCGAGCCUCUCGUCGCCCAGUUAGCGCCAUCGUCUUCAACGGUUCCUGAGGAUAGCCGGCCGACUCUCUCCCAGUAUCUGUUCCCUCCGUAUUUCAUUUGCGGUCUCGAUGCUGCUGAUGAAGUCCCGCGCCCGUACGAGGCGGAGACUCGGGAACACGGCUGGGCCGACCCGGCUCUAGCUGUAAAGGACGACAUCCUUACAGACCUCGACCAGUGGGCUAAGUCUUACCAUCCAUCGGAUGUUGAGAUAAUAUACAAUCGCCCUGAAGACGUGUUAAUCAAACGACCGAACAAGGUUCUUGUUGGUGGUGGGAUUGAAUGUCACUUCAAACGUUUUGGGCUCUCAUUUGGUCCAACGCAUGCGAAGGAGGAACUCACCACGUUGAAAGCAAUCGCCAUGGCGCAAAUACCUCCUCCCCCCGAAGCAUGGAUCUGCCGCCUACAUGGAGUUGUUCGAGACGGAGACAAGUUAAUUGGCAUGCUCUUUAUUUGGAUCGACACGAAGGGCGUGUUGUCAAAAGCAAGAGCUGACAAGAGUUCACCCGAUCUGCGGAAACGUUGGAAGACACAGAUCAGCACAUCCCUGGAGAAGCUGCACCAGAAGGGCAUCAUCUGGGGCGAUGUCAAAGCCGAGAAUGUCCUCAUCGACCGUGAAGACAAUGCCUGGAUCAUCGACUUUGGGGGAAGUUAUACCCAUGGAUGGGUGGACAAGGAGAAAGCCGGGACGCUGGCAGGCGAUGCACAGGGCUUAGCAAAGAUACUGGAUAUUCUUCAUUAA